CUCCCACAUCAGCACCACUCUGCAUCCUGCUGAGGUUUUUUACCGUCUAGGGAAAGGGAGAGGACGCCAUCUUGUUUGUUUUAGUCAGAGGAGGGGUGGAAAAACAGACCCAGAGCUGAACGAUCGGCAGAACGAGGAAAUCCCAAAACGGCUUAACGGCCUCCCCAUUCCCCUUUCCCUUGUGGUGAGAAGGUGCUGAGGCGAUGUUUUAUGCCCACUUUGUUCUCAGCAAACGUGGGCCGCUGGCCAAAAUCUGGCUGGCGGCCCACUGGGACAAGAAGCUGACCAAGGCUCAUGUGUUUGAGUGCAAUCUGGAGAGCAGCGUAGAGAGCAUCAUCUCACCCAAGGUGAAAAUGGCUUUACGAACAUCAGGGCAUCUGCUGCUCGGUGUGGUGAGGAUCUACCAUAGGAAGGCCAAGUACUUGCUGGCAGAUUGUAACGAGGCCUUCAUCAAGAUCAAAAUGGCGUUUCGACCAGGUGUGGUGGAUCUUCCUGAGGAAAACAGAGAGGCAGCCUACAACGCUAUCACGCUACCUGAGGAGUUCCAUGAUUUUGACCAGCCACUACCCGAUCUAGAUGAUAUUGACGUUGCUCAGCAGUUCAACUUGAACCAGAGCAGGGUGGAAGAGAUCACCAUGAGAGAGGAGGUGGGCAAUCUCAACCUGCUGCAGGACAAUGACUUCGCUGACUUUGGUAUGGAUGACCGGGAGAUGAUGCGGGAGGAGAGUGCCUUUGAGGUGGACAUCAUGGGAGUGUCCGCCUCCAACCUGCUGCUGGAGGCCGAGGGAGGAGCUAACGCAAUGGAGGACAAAUCCAACCAUCUGGAGUACGAUGACCACUACAAGGACGACUUCGGAGACAACCCCAUGGAGAGCAAUGAGGAAGGCAUGCUGGUCGACAAGCUGCUGAGUAACGAGGAAGGAGACGGCAUCUUUGACGACCCUCCUGCCAUCACAGACAGCAUGAUGAUGCCUCAGGACCACGGAUGUGAUGACGACGACUUUGAUGCUCUCUCAGCGGGAGCCCCAGAUAGUCCCGACUCCGGCCCAACCGAGCCCCUACCAACCAUGGCGGACCAGACAGAACAGACAACCCUGGUUCACAACGAGGAAGAAACCUUCGCCCUGGAGCCCAUUGACAUCACAGUGAAGGAGACCAAGGCCAAACGCAAGAGGAAACUUAUUGUGGACAGUGUGAAGGAGUUGGAUAGUAAGACCAUCCGUGCACAGUUGUCUGAUUAUUCUGACAUCGUCACCACCCUGGACCUGGCACCCCCCACCAAGAAGCUAAUGAUGUGGAAGGAGACGGGAGGAGUGGAGAAGCUUUUUUCCCUCCCUGCUCAGCCUCUGUGGAAUGUUAGGCUGCUUAAGAUGUUUACAAGGUGUCUGACACCCCUGGUGCCAGACGAGCUGAGGCGGAGGAGGAAAGGAGGAGAGGCCGAUAGUCUGGAUGAGUUCCUCAAAGAUCUGGAGAACCCGGAGGUGCCCAGAGAGGAAACAACAGGACAGCAGCAGAGAGACAUCAUGGACCAGACCAUCACGGAAGAAGCUAAUGUUCUGCAGACCUCAGCUGUUGAGGGCAGCAGGACAACGCUAGAUGAGUCGGUCAUGCCCCCCCCAUCCUCCAAACUUGGUCUCAAACACAAAGCCCAGGACACAGAGCCAGCCCUGCCUUUGGGGGCUUUGGACCAUCAGCAGCAGCCGCAGCAGGAGUCCCAGCAGCAGGAGUCAUCCAGUGUGGAUCUGCCUCCGGAGGAAAGCACCAACAUCAGCCAGAUGAUAGAGCUGGACCUGCUCUGCGACAAGGACAAGAAGAAGGACGAUGACGACUCUGAUGAAGAGGAGGAGGCGCAGGGAGGAGACCAGGACCAGGAGGAGAAGAGGUGGAACAAGAGAACCCAGCAGAUGCUCCAUGGCCUCCAGAGGGUAAUGGACAAAACCGGCUCUCAGUCAGUGGGCCUGCUGGAUCUGUGCAGGAACAACAAUAAGAAGCAGGCCGCGGCGAAGUUCUACAGCUUCCUGGUUCUGAAGAAGCAGCAGGCGGUGGAGUUGGUGCAGCAGGAGCCUUACAGCGAUAUCGUAGCUACGCCUGGACCUCGCUUUCACAUCAUCUAGAAAACACUACUUUAGUGUGAAAGGACUGAAAGAAAAAGGUUAUCUUGUGGGAUGUGGAGUGUUAUCUUCUUCCUGCAAUAUUUAAAUAUCAGGCAGUGGUGGGAGCGAAGAUGUCUGAAUAACCAGGUUCGAUUAUUUAUUUUUAGAAAAAAUCCAUAGCAAGGGAGGAUGCAAAUCAAAACAACUGGCACUUUUCUUAUUUAUUUUAUCUAUUUUUUCAUUUUUUAUUGAUAAGCAAAUCCCCUUAUAUAUUAUUAAAUUCUAUCCCUUAGAAGAUGUUGUGUUGCACUGGCAUGGAACUCAAGUUAAAAUGUGUCUAGUGUUAGAUAUGUUUAUGGUGCAAGUGAUAACUCAAUCAACCCUGUUACUUGGAGACUCAUCUGUCCCAAGACUGCAGGAACAAAAGUUCUCAUGUACACUGACAUUAGCCAAAAAAGCAUGCACUAUACCCAGAGUCUGCAGGAGAAUAUUUAAACAGUUACUACAGUAGUGAGACUCAACCAGCAAACAUUCAUGGUAUGACUGUAGUGUAGCACUUUAAGCACUGCAAACUUCCAGUUGUAGCCUAGAUUUUACAAAUGCGUGGCUUGCAUCUUCAACUAUAUGCACAAAACUAUAGUUGUGUCCCAAAGCAAUACUUAAUACUAAUUAUAUUUUAGAUUGAGGCGCUGUGGCACACGAUUGUCCAAAAUAGUGAUGCUGAAAAGAAAAGGACACUCAUACAUCAUACUAGAAAAAUUACACUAUAAAUGUUGUAUUGUACAUACUGCAUAUAACUAGUAUCUACUAUGGAAUUGGGACACAGCUUUGGUUUAAACCUAUAGAUGAUGUAAACAAUAGUGGCCGGCCAUAUUUGCAUGCUCAGUCUUGACAUGUAUUGCUGUAUUUGCUCCAGAAAUUAACAUGUUUAUUACAGUGUUGCCCUCAUAUUCCUAAAAGACUUGAAGUUUGUGAACGACUCCAUUUAUCCUGUUUCCUUUUUAUGUAUAGAUAUUUAGUUACAACUGUACAAGAAACAGUUAAGGAUAACUUCUGACUAAAUCAAUUAGAUACUUGUUCAAUAUUAAUGUAUAUCAAUAGAACAUUUUUAUUCUCUCAAGUGAUUAAUGACACAUAAUCAAGAUGUCUAAUUGGACAUAUUUAUUUCAAUUAAAAGCCGUUGGAAUCACACAUCAUACUGUAUAUUUCCUUGUGACCACACGUAUGCUUCUACGAAGACAGCUAAAUGCAUUGUUUUUUAUAUCUACUUCCAUAUAAACCGUAUAUGAUGUAAUGUCUGAGUGUAUUCUUAACCUUAAACCUGCAUUUUUAUUUUGUAAAAAAGCCAAGACAAAUCUUCCAUGACUCAAAAAUAUUGCUAUGUUUCUGAGCAUAUUUCAGUCCUGUGCCUGUAAGUCCUUAGUCUUGAAACUGUUGCAACAUUUUUCAAAAUAAAAAACAUACUGUGAACAGUAUUUUAAAAUGUUAUUGUGUGAAAAACAUUGCUUCAUUCUAAUAACAUCAGGAAAACACACUACAGCAAGUAUCAUAUAUUUUACAUUGUGGAACUUUAUAUAUAAUCAAUGAAAGAAACAAAUGGAUAAAGUCUCUGUCUUCCUGCUAUACUAUGCAUUUGUAACCGCAGGAGCUGACAAGUUGUCUCCUCCCUCCGUCUUUCGUUUCUUGUUCCUAACUCUUUUCUUCUUCUCCCCCUGCUCCCCUGUCUUCUUUGGUGGUGUCGGCCCCCCUUUCUUCUUUUUCUUCAGGCAGCUCAGAGGGUUAGGAUUGCUCUGUUUCCUCUUCCUCUUUUUUCCCCGCCUCUCUCCGUCCUGCUGUGCGAUGCCCUUUCCUCUUUCAGGCUGCGGAUGCUCUGCUGCUGUGCCGUGCUGACCAGCUCUCCCAGCGAGACAGCCUUGACGUGAUCGAGGGACGCCUGGCAGGGCUUG